CGGGGAGAUUUAGGAAUGAAGCCACGGGGUUUCUGCUGCUGCUGCUGUUGCAGUGAUUGGGGAUUGGCGGACGGGUCGUGAGAGGGAGUGGAAACUCGAGCGCUUGGCUGGCGGGGAAGGGACGUUUGCAAAGCCUCAUCUGUGCAGCAGCGUGCUGCAAUUGGCCACCAGAGCCCCCCCACCCCAUCUCCCCUCUGGUAUUAUGGGAGGCACCGAUCCAGGCCGGUCUGGCGGCGAGCAGUGUAAACAUCGCAGCACUGCCGCUGCAGAGACGAGAACGAGGAAGACCACCGCGCGCGCCUCCCGAAAAUCUCUGAGAAGUUGGGCACCGGAUGAUUCGGCCAAGAUGAAGAUGCACGGAGGGAGCGUGGCGAUUCGGCUGGCGAUGAUGAUGCAAGGAUUUUGCCAGCUUGGCCGGGCGUUCAACGUGGACGUGAAAAAUGCGCAGAUUUUCUCCGGCUCUGCCGAGACGCAGUUCGGCUACACGGUGAAGCAGCACGUCGACUCCAGCGGGGAGAAAUGGCUGCUGGUGGGUGCACCUUGGGAAGGAACCCCUUACCGGAAGAUGGGCGAUGUCUACAAGUGUCCUAUCCCCGACACCUACCGCAGGGGCUGCGUGCCGCUGCACCUUAGCAAUUCCAUCACCGUCUCCAACGCCACUGAACUGCAGGACAACAUGACACUGGGAAUGACGCUCGUGAAUGACCCAAUUGGCAACGGAUUUCUGGCGUGUGGGCCAUUGUGGGCCCAGCACUGCGGAAGCUCAUAUUUCACGGCCGGUGUCUGUACCAACGUGAGCGCCGACUUCCAAGUGACAAGCACGCUCACGCCCGCCGCACAGCGCUGUGGCCUCUUCAUGGACAUCGUCAUCGUCCUGGACGGUUCUAACAGCAUCUACCCAUGGCAGGAGGUCCAGAACUUUGUCAUCAACAUUGUCAAGAAGUUUCACAUCGGGCCAGGCCAGUCGCGGGUGGGCCUGGUGCAGUACGGGGAGUCGGCCGUGCACGAGUUCACUCUCAGCGACUAUGAGACCACGGAGCAGGUGGUACAAGCCGCCAAGUACAUCGAGCAGCGCGGGGGCCGAGAAACACGCACUGCCUACGCGGUCAACCACGCCAGGUCGGAGGCCUUCAGCCCGCUGUUUGGGGCGCGCGAAGGCGCCAGCAAGGUGAUGAUCGUGGUGACGGACGGCGAGUCUCACGACAGCGAGGACCUGACCGAGGCCAUCGCCGCGUGCGAGCGCGACAACAUCACGCGCUACGCCAUCGCUGUGCUCGGCUAUUACAAGCGCAAGAACAUCGACCCCUCCAACUUCAUAUCGGAGCUGAAGGCCAUCUCGAGCGAGCCCGAGGAGAAGCACUUCAUCAACGUGGCGGACGAGGCGGCCCUCAACGAUAUCGUGGGGACGUUAGGCGAGCGGAUAUUCAGCCUGGAGGGGACGGUGACGCAGAACGAAACGUCCUUCGACAUGGAGAUGUCUCAAGUCGGGUUCUCAGCAGCUGUGGUGAAGGACGGGAUCUUGCUGGGCGCUGUUGGAGCGUACGACUGGGGCGGCUCCGUCGUGCGCAAGAGGGGCACCCACUUCACGGUGCCCGCUCGCUCCGCCUUCGGCAAGGAGGCCCCCGUGGAGCUCCAGAACCACGCCGCCUACCUCGGCUACUCGGUGGGGUCAGCCCGGCCGAGCCGCUACGCGGAGCACUACAUCGCCGGCGCGCCGCGCUUUAACCACACGGGCAAGGUGCUCAUCUUCAGCCUCGAUGAGCAGGCCCACGUGACAGUGCACCAGGCCAUCCACGGGGACCAGAUCGGUUCGUACUUUGGCAGCGAGGUGCUGUCGGUGGACGUGGACUGCGACGGGGUGAGCGACCUGCUGCUCGUGGGCGCGCCCAUGUACCUGGGGCCGGGCAACCGCGAGACAGGCCGCGUCUACGUGUACACCUUGACGCAGCGUGCGUUCCGCCCGGCCGGCUUUCUCCACGCGGAGGAGCGGCAGCAGGACGCCCGUUUCGGCACGGCCAUCGCGCUGCUGCCCGACAUCAACCAGGACGGUCUGGCGGACGUGGUGGUGGGGGCCCCGCUGGAGGACGGCCACCGUGGGGCCCUCUACAUCUACCACGGCCGCGGGCGCAUCUUGAGGCCGCAGCCCGCACAGAGGGUUGCGGCAGUGGACGUGAGCUCCAGCCUGGUCUACUUUGGCCGCUCGGUGGACGCUCGCCUCGACGUGGAUGGGAACGGGAUCGUGGACCUGAGCGUGGGCGCCCUGGGCAACGCCGUCUUGUUACGGUCGCGCAGCAUCGUUCACAUGAACGCCACGGUGACCUUCAGCCCUCCCAAGGUGAACCUGCUCAACAAGAGCUGCCUGCGCAACGGGAAGGACUCCAUCUGCGUGACGGCCACCGUCUGCUUCCACGCGACCGCCCGCUCGCCGCUCACCCCCGACUCCGACAUCUGGAUCGCGUACACGAGCAACGUGGACGCGAGCCGCGUCGCGCCGCGCGCCUUCUUCGACGAGACGGCCGAGCGGACGCUGCAGCGGGAGCUGAGCGUACGGGCGGGCGGGCGCUCCUACUGCCAGGACAUCGGCCUGCACCUGCACGAGGUGACCGACUUUGUUCGACCAAUCAGCCUCCAGCUCGACUUCGCCCUCCAAGACCCCAACUCGGACCCUGUGCUGGACGCGUACUGGCCAAUGCACACCGAGGCCCUGCUUCCCUUCGCCAACGACUGCGGUGACGACGAGGAGUGCGUGUCCGACCUCGUGCUGCACCUGCGCUCCGACGUCCAGGGAUCCAGCAUGGCUCCGUACGUCAUCCGCAGUGGGCGGAGGCGCACGUCCGUAUGGGCGACGCUGGAAAACCGUGGCGAGAAUGCCUACAACGCGCGGGUCAACGUCUCCUUCUCGCGGAACCUGCGUCUCGCCAGCAUCACACCCACCGUGGACCAAGGUCUGAAGAUGGAGUGCCAAUUCUCGCACGAGGAGGCCGAUGGAGGAACCACAUGCUCACUGAGCCCGGCCGUAUUCCGCCCAGGAGCCAAGCUGGUCACGCUCCUGGAGUUCGAGUUCAGCCGCUCCGUCUUCCUGCCGAGCCUGGACAUCGGCCUGCGAGCCGAGAGUGACAGCAAGGAGAUGCUGGAGACGCUGCACGACAACGCCGCCUCGUUGUCCAUCCCCGUGAGAUACGAGGCUGAGAUCCUCUUCACCAGGGACUCGAACCUUCACCAGUUUGAGGUGAGCCGGGAGGCGGUGGUGCCAGACGUCAUCGAGAGACCAGAGGACAUUGGGCCACAGUUCAACUACACGCUGACGGUGCAAAACCUCGGGUUGUUCCCGCUCGCUCGGCUGGAGGUGCUCAUCUCCGUGCCGGCAGUCACGCCGGGUGGGAACCCUCUGCUCACGCUGUCUCACGUCGAGACGGAUGUCGGCGUGACGUGCCGCACGAGUCCGGAGACCGACUGGCAGCAGCUGAUCAAGAGGGAGGCGACGCUGCCAGUCUACGAGGAGGACCUGAGGGCGAUGGACGAGCUGAACUGCGCGACGGGUCGCUGCCACAGGGUGGCGUGCGUGGUGGAGACGCUGGAGGUCGGCCAGGAGGAGCUGAUCCACGUCAAGGGUUGGCUGUGGACGCCGUCACUCACCGUGAUGAAAUUCAAGAGCUUGAAACUCAACACGACUGCGGAGCUGCAAUUAAACCGGUCUCAGCUCAUCCUCAUGAAGGAGGACAGCCGGUGGAGAUACAUCGUGAUGGAGAUCACCAAGGAGCGCGGCUCCUCCGUGCCGCUGUGGAUCAUCAUCGGCAGCGUCCUGGGUGGCCUGCUGCUCCUCGCACUGCUCAUAUACAUGCUGUGGAAGAUGGGCUUCUUCCGCCGUCACUAUCUGCAGCUCAUACGCGACAAUGACAAGGAUGGCCGCGAGAACCUCGUGCAGGGUUGAUUGAUGACCCCAGCCGCACAGUCCGCUCGUCGCUUCAUUUUCUUCGUCCUCUUUUCCGAAUCACCUUGGGGUGGGGGGCACGGGUGGAGGAAAUGCGUUUGGGGAAAUAAAGGCGAUGAGAGGUGGUGGGGGGGGGUGUAGUCGAGGGUGGCGGCGUCAAUCCAUCAGGGCAGGCGGCGCAGGUCGCCGUUGCACGACACACGCCUGUGUGACUCCUAAAACCAAGCUCUUUGAUUGGUCAAUUAUAACGAGUGGCACGCCAGCUACCAUAAGACAAAAAGGGGCCACUUUUAAAGUUUGUCAUACCCCCCCCCCUCCCUACUACGUACACAUCCAAGUAAAGUAAAAUCCCACUGCUAAAAACCACGCAUGCAUAAUUUAAACCGCCGACUGCAUGCUAAGAGUUGUCUGCUUGGGAAUACUAAAGCACAAACCAGCUUGGACCCAUGCCUGAUGCUUGAUUGACAGAACUGCUAAAAAUAAUCACCUGGUUACAGUGGUUAAAUUGUAUAUGCCGCACAAACACACAACACCAUAGGGGUGGGAGAGAAAAGAUUAUAGCAGCUGGGCUGCCUGACUUACACCUUAAGCUAUCCCACCACGGCAAAGGGUCCAUCUCUGUAUAGUGUUGUAUAUUAAAAAGAGAGAAGUGAGCUUUUCUAAGACUAGAAUAUUUUAAAAUAUAGACUAUAUAAUUUUUGUUUCCUCUUUCACAUUUUUUUCCAAAGCGCAGGCCAGCUCUGAGCAGCAGGCUGAAGGCAUUUAGUUUACGAGACUCCAUAAAUGGGAUCCAAGGUGCAGUGCGGUCACGAAACUUUCCUGGCGGUCUCCCGCGAGCUGGGCGAGGUGCAUACGGGACACGGUCGCCGCCGUCCACAACACCCCACGUGUUCUUCAACUGCUUUUUUUACCAACAUUUAAUCAAAAAAUUUGCUUGAGCUCAUGUUACAACUGUUUGCACCAGCUGCCACAUAUAUUCAAAUUACUCAAAUCAGGUUAAUUAAAGCCUGCUGUCCUAGCCCAAAGGAUGUUUAUGGAAAACAAGAAAAAUAGGUUGAUUUGCGCCAAAGCAGUCCUGGCCACUUGGACGAUAUUGCAAUUUUUCGUAGGCCUCUUCACAUAAUUGUUUGUAAACUAAACUAUGUAAAAACGCCAACAUCGUUGUAAUGCAAAGUGCUGAGAUAACCAAAAUACGAGAAUGUGGCAUACCUGUCCAUUAUAGCACGAGUUGACAAUCCAGGCGCGCACACACGCUGUAGUGAGCAAAGUAUUACAAUCAAUGGGUUCGGCAAGGCAAUUACAAAACAUUAAUGGUUGGUGUUUAUAUCAAGCACAAAAGUGAAAGCUUACUCCAGGAUAGGAAUUACCAACCGUGAAGAUCCAGGCAACAGUAAUAGCAUCGUUGAUGCAAUACCAGCUGCACAGGGGCACCGAGGCCAUUGGAUGUGGUUUACCUGCAGUUGUCCGGACACAACACUCCUACCAAUUUUGGACCACCGUCCAAUGCACGAGGCAAUAAGGAAUUAAACAUCAACAGAUGUCUCAUCAUGAAUUAAACUUGCAACGUCAAACACGAUCCAGAGUGCUUAAACAAAUGGGCCAUCAAAUACCACCGGCAGGCAUUCUUUCAGCCACACGUUGCAACUGCGACUAAAGGCAAGCCCGUAAAGGCUUAUUGGAUCACACAAAGUUAAACAUUUCAAGCAGGCUUAUGGAAUAGGCGCAGAGCCAUUGCACGUUGAGGAUAUUCAAUCAUUGCGGUACAGCUGCAUGCACAUUUUGAGAAGGCACGACUCUGCGAGUCAACCGUGGCGGCGUCCAAAAGGGACCCACUGGAUAUUUGGGGAAAGGAGGGCGGAGGCGAUAUUAAUUUAACCCAGACUGACAAGUGAACUGAUGCACGAUCAACUGCAGAGGCGAGAGGGCCGGCCACACGAAACGAAGUCUUCACGACCGCACGACGGAACUGCCGCAAUCUGAACCUUUGCCCAGAAUAGAGGCUUCUGCCAAAGUGUUUUGUCUGAUUAAUUCCAGUCUAUGAAGCCAUCUGUAUAAUUAUCAGUGUUUUUAAUAUCGUACGAUAAUCCCUCUUUACUGAGUCUGGGAACAGACAAUGCCAGCUUUGAGGUUAAACAAAUAUAUAUCCGCAAUGCUCUUCGCAUAUAAAUCAUGUUGUGGUUUAGGCAUUCACUUUAAAGCGGAUAUAUUUAUGCGAUAUUUUCCGUGCUCAAUUCGAGUCACGUAACUUCCUGAAAUAUAGAAACAAAAAUGUAAUACUGAAUGUAAAAUAUUAAAGAAACUAUCCAAUCCGUUUGUGCAACAAAAAUUCCAAUUUAGCUAUUACAAUCACCAUUUCGUCAUUAAACAGUUAAAACAUGACUGUACACGAUAAGUUUAAUAUAAAUGCAAUGUUUGGUACUUUUAAACAUAAUGCACCAUACUACCAAUGUUUUAAUUUCAAGUGUAAAGCAGAUUCGCUUGUGCUUAUGAAAAAUUAUAAAGUGUAAUAAAAGUAAAGGAUAAAUGUAUUUAUUUUGUAUGUGAUAUUCUAGUUUUUAUUUUUUACGCUUUUUGUAUAACAGUUUACAACAAAUUAAUGGUGUUACAGACUUUACAGAGGAUUACCAUUAUUACAAAACAAUCUUCCAGAAAUGUGCACGUCCGCUAAAAAUUACUAUUAAAUGUUGUGUGCAAUGUAUGUACAUAUUCGACUGUAAAUAGUUUUUUUAAUGCUUAACUUUGUAUGAAAGCCUUUUACUUGUAUUGUCUCAAGUGGAUACGGUGUCACAAUAAAUGCUCGUGACCCAA